AUGGCGACAACUCCACCCCCGCGGGUUAUUGGAACACCGCCAACUCCGCGACAUGGCCCCAGAUUCGAUGCAUUCGAGCCGCAUUCGACCCGCCAAUCGGCCCGUUUAGCAAACCGACAGGCGUCUCGAGGUUCUCCGUCGUUUUCAACGCCUUCUACCCAGUGCUCACCCAAUGACACCGACCUUUCGACGGAUGGAAUCUCGAAGAAAAUAUGUCCCAUUGAACAGGAUGCGUUCUCCCUGCCCCAGUCACCACUAGCUUCUCCCACGAGGAGAAGCAAUCGGAAGGGGAAUGGGACCCAACAGGUCACACAAGCCAAUUCACUCUUUGAUAACACCAGAGGGCAAACUCACCCUACUUCUCAAUCUGUCUCACUCAGUUUGCCAAACAUCUAUGGUCAGCAUACGACCCUAACGGCCAAUAUGCUCCCGACGCCUGCAAAAACUCCCCGCAAAAAGGCGGUCCCCGAUCCCAGUGUGGUUGCUCGUACCCUAUUCAAGAACGACACUAAACCCAACAACCAUGAAAUGCCUACACCUAAAAGGCAAAAGGGUAAAAAGUUUAAGGGGUUUUCUCUGGAAAGCUUUGAAGCGGAGGCGGAGAUAGAAGCAAAUGAUAAAAUUACAAUCUUCACCGAUUCAAGAGAUAGAAUUCCUGAAGUGCAUGAAACCACAGAAAACCCUUUCCUUUGUCGACCUAAUGAUGGAUCCACUUCAGCAAAGGGAAUUCGGCAAGCUACGCGCGACAAGAAAAUGGAGGAAGUCUUGCAUCGAGACGACGGCAUGCUUUACGUUUUCCGUGGAAAGAAGACAUUCCGAAAAUUCGAUUCCGACACAGAAGAAGAUGAUGACGAGACUGACCAAGGGCUUUUGGCUUGUCGGCCUGAUCUUCUGGCCGAGGGUGGUCUCCCGCGUAUCCGCCCUCUCACCCGUUCAUCCAUCAAGCCACGUCUGCUUUUCCCAACUGCGUCCCAGCGAGGAACAACACCUAGCUUGAAAUCUGACAACAGUCAAAAGGCUGCGGGUCCGGUGGAGAAAUGUGAAGCUGAUGAACACGACGAAUCCAGAUCUAAUAGCGAUCUUCCUCAUGCAAGCAGUGAAGAUGUUCCCAUAACAUCACCAUCCAAAACGACAGUGUCAACUUCCUCAACUUCUCUUCCUGGCCGCUCCCUCCGCUCCCAUAUCAAGGAAGGACAGGUCGCUUUAGGUUCAAACGCACCCUCUCAAACCAGUAAUGGGACUGUAGCUCGCGUUAGCCCUUUCGCCAGAUGGACCAGGACAAAAUCCCAAGUGAGAAAGAGAGUCGCAGCUAAAUCUAGUGACAGCGGGGAGCCUGCUAUAAAGAAAUCUCGCACACAGUAA